AUGCUCCGCAAGGCACAGGAAAACCUCAGCACCAUCCGAACGUCCAGAGCGCUGGUAGUGAUCGUGGCAUGCCUGGCUAUAUUCACAGACACAAUCCUGGAUACCGUAGUUGAGCCCAUCAUGCCAGAUUACUUCUACAGACUACAACAUCCGAACUACACCGGCCCCAUCAUCAAUCAUCACCAUGUGUACAAAAAGCCAAUGGCGGUAUCAGGAAUCCCCCAAUCACCUUGUAACGAUGGGGCAAUCUGCCUACCAGGAGUGAACACAAAGCAAAGCCUGUCGGAGGUGUCAGAAUCAAAACAGCGAGCCAAACAGCUAGAGCAACAGAGCGUCAUACUAGGGAUUCUAUACGCUUCCAAAACAGCUGCGUCCGUCAUAUCAAAUCCAAUUGCUGGGUAUUUGUCCGACAGGUUUGGUUACAGUCUAAUCCUAUACAUAGGACUGGUCCUCGUCUUCGGUGCAACUAUUGCAUACGCAUUCAGCACAUCGUACGCUGCGCUGUUUACAGCACGAGUGAUUCAAGGUGUUGGGAGUUCUUUUUCGAUAAUAUCAGCCUACAUCAUGCUAGCAGAGACCUUCACCGAUAACACAGAGAGAGCAAAGACCAUCGGACUAGUUCAAACUGGAAUGACACUCGGCGCACUAGUUGGGCCUGUCAUCGGUGGAGUGAUGUACCAGUUCCUAGGGUACAAAAGUCCGUUCCUGCUAAUAGCUGGGAUGACAGUUGUAGAUGGAGUUCUUCGUUUACUACUGCCAAGGAAAUCAGAACUUGCAGCUGUGGAAGAAGAGGAAGAUUAUUCGAUCCUCAACUUCUUACAGGACCCAUAUGUUAUGACAACAGCAGUAUUUAUUUUUGUUGUAACAACUACGGCGCUGUUGGUCUGGGGUGUUGUACCAGUAUGGAUGAUGAUGACUAUGCACUCUUCACCUUGGCAGCAAGGACUGGCGUUAGUGCCUUCAGCAGUAGGCUACGUCAUCGGAGCUUUUCUUUCAUCAAAGUUAGUGGAAAUGGCUGGAUGUUAGCUGCUUACUCUUGUUGGAAGUAUCGGACUGGGAGUCUUUACGGCAAUACUUCCCCUAUGCAGUGACAUCCCAGAGUUGGUCGCGCCAUACCUGGCCUUUGGACUAGCCGGUGGACUGGUAGAGACUAGUGUGGUGACAGAGAUCGGGCACUUAGCGGACAUCAGGCAUGGCUCCAGAUACGGUAGCGCCUUCGCCAUCUCUGAGACCGCCGUGUGCACCGCCACUGUUGUUGGACUCGGGAUUGGAGGGUUUUUACUGAAUUCUGUAGGGUUCUUUUGGAUGAUGCUGGGCGCAGGGACAUUCAACAUCCUUCUCAGCCCUUUGGCCAUCCUACUGCGGAAUCCCCCAAGUAAAGAAAAGAAGGAAAAACUGGUAAUCGUCCAUAAGGAGAGUGAAAAGAUGCAUGAGAAUCAGCUGACGACGCUGCCCUACAAUCCUCAACCUAGGGACGGUUUUUGAGUCAUUAUUGUACGUUAUUAUUUGACAAGGUAUAUCAGAAGUCCCCAUUUAUAUCAUCCGUGACGCUAUAACGUAAUGAAAGUAAGAAAAAGAGGCAAAUAGUAAGUUCCAUUUUGUCUGUUUUCACAAUAACAGACUAGUUUGACCUCAGCAGAAUCUGGGGGGACGAUUUGGAUUAGACAAGACAUAUCAAAAGUCCCAAUUUCACAUCGUUUGUAGAACCACUUAAUAUGUAUAACAUGUUUUACAUACACAUAACACCUUAAAUACGUAACGUUACCUGCAUAAUAUCUUCUUAACGUUGCGUAUGAUUGGUUGCUAGAGAAAUGCUUCCAGUUUUCCACUCCAUAUCAGAAUAAACCACACUGAUGACUGAUA